AUGGACGUUUCCAACAACAAUCUCUUCCGCUUCUCCAAGCCCGAAUGGCUGAAUAACUCCGCCGUCCGAAACGGCGGCGUCUACGUCGCCGGCGCCCUGUUCGCAGCUGGCUUCUUCUUCCUGAUUGACGUGGCAUCAUUCUCACGUAGCCCGCGCAAUGGUUCAGAAGUACAUAUCAAAUUCGUCGAUUGGAUUCCCGGUAUCUGCAGCGCACUUGGAAUGCUGGUUAUUAACUCGAUUGAAAAGUCGCGGCUGCAGGCGGAUAGCUUCAGUUACAGUGGGAGUGGAGUUGCGUGGAAGGCUCGCUUUGUGCUGUUCCUAGGGUUUGCGUUGUUGGCGGGUGGUUUGGCUGGGAGUGUGACUGUUAUGGUUCUCAAGUACCUUAUUAAGGAUUAUCCGAUUACGACGCUUUACUUUGGUAUUGCGAAUGUUGUGGCUAAUGGCUUGGUUAUGCUCAGCUCUAUUGUUCUUUGGGUCUCGCAGAACAUCGAGGAUGAUUACACCUACAACCUUGCACUGUGA